AUGGCAGAUUCUUGCGGAAAUUGUCAACUCAAGAAAGAGAGUUACCAAAAAGAGCUGGAUGAAGAAAUGCGAAAGCUUGUUACAUUCAGAGGACAUGGAUGUGGAGUGAAACCAGGAGUUAAGGCUAACAUUCAGGAAAAUAUUGCCUGCGAAGACCCAUUCACCGAAGAAGAACUUGUGACUGUCAUCAAACUCAUGCUGGUUGGAGCGAGAAAAGUUCAUUUUACUGUUCGAUCCGACAUUUCUGUUACCUUCAAUGGCGUCACGAUUGAAACCAAAAUUGAACGGAAAUACUUUGCUCGAACUACAGCAUCGAUACUGAUCUCUACUCCAGAUAGAAGUGGGUAG